AUAGUACUAAGAGUUCCAGGACAACUGAAAACUGCAAAGAGUAAUCAAAGAAAGAAAGAAAGAGAAGUAGAGGGUGUUUGUUUCGUGGGAAUUGGAGAAGACGAAAGAAGAUUACGAGACUGAAGAGAGGAAACAAGCUGCUGCAGAUGUUUUGUUCAAUUACUCCAAUUUGUGGUGGCCUGUAUUGGAAGUCGUGUUCGUCCUUGUGAUUUGAGAAUGCAUCUUAUGAAGAUCACGAGUACAAAGGUGGAGCCGCCACCAUCGCUGCCUAAAUUGAUGACACUUACUAAGGGUUUAAAAUUGGCUGAGCAGUGGGUGAAGAAUAUGCCUGGAGAUGUGGAGGAAGCAGUGGAAAUUGAAACGGAAUGUAGACCUUCUAGGCUUGGUCUUGGGGCAAAAGUUCCUCGAAGAUCCCAAGUUGGACCUUUAACUGAUCCUGUAGAAAGAAGAUUGCAUAACAAGUUUGGUCUGAGCAGAAAGAAAACGGCUGGUGAUGAGGUUUCCAAUCCACCUCCAAAGAAUGAAAUAGAUAAUGAUAAUGAUGAUGAUGACGACGAUGAAAAUAUAGAUAGCAGAACUAAUUCUUUUUCCAAGAAGAGAGUUGCUCCUCUCUCCAGAAUACAGCAAGCAAAGAAGAAAUUCAAGUAACUAUCUUUCUCGUUUGUCCUUGAAUCUUUUUGAUGUAUUAAUUAUCCCGAUGAUAAUUGUUAAAUUUUUUAUUUAAUGCUAACUCUUUGGAGAUCUUGUAUGACUCUGUGAAUUGAAUUAACUGGUCCAACCUCAGAAAUGUUCCCAGAGGGAUCUUAUGCCAAUUCCAGUUUCAAGUUC